GCGUCUCGCGUCACCCCAUUCUCACCUCGACUCUGCGUAUAUAGCCAUCGACCUCGUCUCGUUCAACUUCAACUCUACAUUCUCGAUCCAGUCUAGAUUCUCACACACAAGCUCUCAUCCACUCUCGCUUUUACCUUACCACCUACCACCACCCACCCAACUUUAUCAACUCGCUCUUACAAUGUCUGGCAAAGGUGGCAAAGCUCAAUCCGGCGAAGGUGCCGCUUCCAAGUCGACCUCCCGAUCUUCCAAGGCCGGUCUCCAGUUCCCCGUCGGUCGUAUCCACCGUCUCCUCCGAAAGGGCAACUACGCUCAGCGAAUCGGAGCUGGUGCCCCCGUCUACCUCGCCGCCGUCCUCGAGUACCUCUCUGCCGAGAUCCUCGAGUUGGCCGGUAACGCCGCCCGAGACAACAAGAAGUCUCGUAUCAUUCCCCGACACUUGCAGUUGGCCAUCAGGAACGACGAGGAGUUGAACAAGCUUCUCGGAGGAGUCACCAUCUCGCAAGGAGGUGUCCUUCCCUCGAUCCACGCCGAGCUCUUGCCCGUCAAGACCGCUUCCAAGGCCAAGAAGACCCAGGUCUCGCAGGAGGUCUAAACUCGCCUCACCGCACCCAACAAUCCACUCGCCCAUCCUCGAGGUCGACGAUCGCUUCCUGGCCAGUAGCGCCAAUCUUCCCCGACUCGCCCUUUUACAACCAUUCGCUCUUCGCUGCCUCCUUCUUCCCAACUCCUUCGUCUCUGGUCUGCAACCCGUUGUUUCUCCUUUGUCUCGGUGUAUUAGUCUAUUUUCGAGCGGGUUGUAGGGUUCGAUGUCGGGGAUGUUGAGGGAACCUCUUUCUAUUGAUUUCGUACUUUUGAAUGACGAUGAUCAUGAGAUGAUGAUUUGAA